AUGCCACCACCACCCUUCCAAACCCCUCCCCCAACCUCUCCCAGUUUCCUCCUAACCUACCCUUCUCCACAAAUCCUCCUAAUAACUAUCAACCGGCCCUCUGCCAUGAACUCCCUCCCGGCAGCUGCACACUGGGAAGCGUCUUUAAUCCUAGCCUGGUUCGACGCCGAGCCCAACCUACGGGUAGCUGUCAUCACGGGGGCAGGAAAGAAGGCCUUCUGCGCAGGUCAAGAUCUAAUCGAGCAGGCGAAGUUCGCCGUGUCUCCACCACCUAUGUCAGCUCGGCGGCAUCCGUCUUCAGGAUUUUGUGGGAUUAGUCGGAGAGUGGGGAAGAAACCUGUUAUUGCUGCUGUGAAUGGAUUUGCGCUUGGUGGGGGUUUCGAGAUAUGCUUAAAUUGUGACAUGGUAGUAGCCUCGCCAACUGCUGCCUUCGGCCUCCCUGAAGCAACCGUAGGCCUCUACGCCGCAGCUGGUGGACUCCCCCGCGUCGUCCGUAACUGCGGCAUGCAAAUAGCAUCCGAGUUAGCUCUCACAGGCCGGCGUCUCACAGCGCAAGAAGCACUCAAUUUCAACCUCAUCAACAAGAUUUCCGCCAGCCAGGAAUCAGUUGUUGAAGAGAGCAUAGACAUGGCGAAGAAGAUCGUUGCACUUUCCCCUGAUGCGGUACUUGUUACGAGGGCGGCACUGAGGCAGGCGUGGGAGACGGGGAGUGUGGAGAGAUCUACACAGUUAACUGCUGAGAGGUACGAGGCCCUGCUGUUUGAGGGGGAGAAUAUGAAGAUUGGUUUGAAAGCUUUUAAAAAUAAGGAGAAACCGCAGUGGGUGCCAAGUAAGAUUUAA